GGGAUCACAUCAAUAUCAUCAUCAAUGCGAAAUGGCAGAAAACACGUAUCGAAUGUAGUCAGCCGCUGCCUGCAGCUGGGAACAAUUUUGACGCUGAAGUGCCGUACGUGUUGUGCGAGUGUACCGGUUCGCAGCGUUUUCUCCUAAACAACCGUGUACAAGGUUCUGGUGCGCUAGCGUGGCAAUGGACGGUAGAAAGCAGCAAGCUUACGGUGGGCGACCGGCCGGCCCGCAGCUGUUCGAGGACACGGGGUUCCCAGGAGCACCAUACGGCGGUAUGCCACAGCCUGGUCUCUACCCCAUGAUGCCCGACCCGAUGGCCGCAAUGGCCAUGCAGUACGGUACCGCGCUGGCGGGCCAGGGCAAGGACAUGGUACACCAGAAGCUCGAGAAGUACGUCUCGGUGUCCAAGAUCAAGUACUACUUCGCCGUGGACACGGCUUACGUGGGCCGCAAACUACUGCUGCUGAUGUUCCCGUUCGGCCACUCGGACUGGGCCGUCAAAUACGACCAGGACGAACCGGUGCCCCCGCGGUACGACGUCAACGCCCCGGACCUGUAUAUUCCGAGCAUGGCGUUGGUGACGUACGUGCUGCUUUCGGGCUACCUGCUGGGCCUGCGCAAUGAGUUUACCCCUGAACGGCUAGGCCUGCAGGCAAGCUCGGCGCUCAUGUGGCUGACGCUCGAAGUUCUGGCUAUCUGGCUGGCCACGUACAUCCUCUCCAUCCGCUCCAGCCUACGUGUCCUCGACCUGGUCGCAUUCAGCAGCUACAAGUUCGUCAGCAUGAUAGCGGCUCUGCUGGCGAGUAUGCUGCUCCACAGGCCAGGAUACCUGCUCGUGCUGGCCUACGGUUGCCUCACGCUUGACUUCUUCCUGCUGCGCACCCUGCGGCUCUCCCUGCUGUCUGGCAGCUCGUCCGAGGGCUCGCGCCGGGGCCUUUAUCUGUUGCUGGCCGUGUGUGCGCUCCAGCCGGCUCUUGCCUACUGGCUCACACAGCCCCUGGCCCAGCAGCUGCCUCAAUAAACUCGUCCUGCUGCCACAGGCUGCUGCUGUCUGCCACUGGACAACCCAGGCUGCGCAGGUGUUCGGCGUAGAAAAUCAGCUCCUGGGUGACCAGCCUGCGAGAGGAGGACACAAGGGUUCAGCUGGUUGAAGGCCCCCUGAGCACAGCAAUAUGAGCAGCUACCCGUGUUGAGGUCCUCCGUCGCGACUUAUGGACAGACGUGCCAGGUGGCGUGCUAGCAGGGACCGGAAUGUGGCGUGCACGGCUUGCAGGAGGGCUCCCACGUCUGUUGGGCUCAGCAGCUCUGCCACGGCAGUGUGGAACUUGGUCAGGUGGCGGGCGAUCCCCCGGAAGGCUGGUGAUGGCACGGGUGCCUUUACCUCCCACUGGACAGAAGUGCACGCAUUUAAAAGGUGCCCCUACCCCCUCGCGCUGCCAGGCUAACCUCAGCAAGCUGCCCGUCCAGCACAUUGCUCACAAUGCUGGCCAGCUUGGUGAAGAUCUCCGUCACAUGUUCGGCAUACUCCUGCAAAUAAAGAUGUCCUCUUUCUUUUUCUGGAAA